AUGAAGCUCAUCAGCAUCAUCACCACUUUCCUCUUGGCAGAAAAACUCGCCGCCGCCUCUCCAGCAGUGGAAUUCACUGCACGCACCAAGAACGAGCGGUGCGUGACUCAAGGUCCGGGGACCUGUACUUUUGGCUGGCAAGAGUACUCCAACCACAACGGACAUUUCGAGUCCGAGGCUAGUCUCUACGACAACAAUUGUCGGCUUAUCGGUGGCUUCAGGAACCCAAAUGCUGCCGAUCAAUACGUGACGGUCACGUCGGAAAACCCUCCCAUGUCCGUCUCCAUCAAUGGCUGGGCUCAGCCUCCUCAAAUUUUUACUUUUGCCAUCCCAAAGUUUGAGUAUAAUGGGACGACGUCGGGUGGACGCAAGGGUUGUGCUUGUGGGGAUGGGGAGGGGGAGGGGGAGAAUUUCUGGGGUUGCAGGAAAGAUUUGGGCCUUUCGAAUAACGAAUAUGUAGCCACAUUUUCGGAACACCUGAACACCGCUGCAAACGUAACACCCAUGGGAUAA